UCAAAGAAUAAAAAUGUUUAACCAAUCAGUAUAUAUAUUAAUUAACGAAUCAAUAAUAUUCUAAAAUUUAUUGUAUUUUACCUUUAUAUAUUACAAUUUUUUUAUUCGAUUUUUGAAUCUAUACGCUAUAAAUAAAAAAUUAAAUUAUGGCUAGAACUAAGCAAACUGCCCGUAAAUCAACUGGAGGAAAAGCUCCAAGAAAACAAUUAGCUACUAAAGCAGCUCGUAAAAGUGCCCCUUCUACUGGCGGGGUCAAAAAACCUCAUAGAUAUAGGCCAGGAACAGUCGCUUUGAGAGAAAUUAGGAGAUAUCAAAAAUCGACAGAGUUGUUGAUUCGAAAAUUGCCUUUUCAAAGAUUAGUUCGUGAAAUUGCACAAGAUUUUAAAACGGAUCUUAGAUUUCAAAGUGCAGCUAUUGGUGCUUUACAAGAAGCUAGUGAGGCUUAUUUAGUUGGCUUAUUUGAAGAUACAAAUCUAUGUGCUAUACAUGCUAAAAGAGUUACAAUUAUGCCUAAGGAUAUUCAACUUGCACGUAGGAUUAGAGGUGAAAGAGCUUAAUUAAAAUUAAUAUGCUUGACUCAUAGAGAUGAUAAAUGCAAAUACUGUAGUUUUUUUUAAAAAAAUAUCUUCACUAAUAUGUAGAAUAGAUUUAUGUUAUCCCUUAUUGAUCUCUAUAUAUUGCAGGAAAAUAAUUAGUUAUGCAAUAAGUAUGUUUAACAAUUUAUAUAAUUAAUGUUCAUGUACUACAGUGGAUUUUGUAU